UCAAGUAAUAAAUCAGUCUACUUUUUAUUAUUCUAUCUAAAGACGGCCUCGGGCACGUCACAAGUAUUUUUUUCUAUAUUGUGUGGCUCACAAUAAAGGGUAUUUGUUAAAAGUGGUCGUCAAUAUUCUGUAUAGCAACUACUGUAAACAUACAGGACUGAUUGAUAACGAUACAACAUAAUUGAUUGUUAAAAAAACGAAAAGAGGAAAAUCGAAAGGUCACUGUGGAAACUCGAUUAUAUCGAGUAAUCAAGUGCGCUAUUGGCAAGCUGCCGGGAGUGGACAAAUGUAGUGCAGUAUGAACGCAGCUGCCGUAAAACUGAAAACUGAAUAAUUAUAAAUGUAAGAUGAAUAACUCGUGGGUGAUAAAAAAUACUGCAUAGCCGCAGCCCAAAACAGUGCAAGGUUACGUAAAAAUAGCAAAGUGAUAUCACCGCCGUUCUACUAUUAGUGUUGGGCAAAAUCAAAGUACCAAACACCGAGAAACAUACCUAAAUACAAAAGCGGAUUCGGUUGAAUGGUGUUAGUGUCUCAGCUGUUGCUGCUGUGCUCACCGAGUUUUGUCAACAAGCAUGGGAUCGAAAGCAGUGACAGUGACAUCAGUUUUGCUGCGACAGAGCUCUGGUGCGUUGUUAUCCACUGCUAGUGCUAACUUCGGUUACGACACAUUGCAAUUAUUGCGGUUCCUCCCAGCUGGAAUAAAUACUCUAUCACGCCAACAAGCCACACGCGAAGUUUUUAAUCGGAAGUGUAUUCGAUGCUAUUCGCGCUAUUCAGCCAAUAGAAUCAUGACGGGUACUGAUACGUUUCGAUUCUCGGACUACGACUGUGUAGGCUUCGAUUUGGAUAACACUUUGCUACGGUAUCAUAUAGGUAAUAUGAUAGAGCUGGAAUAUGACAUCAUGUCUAAAUAUUUGGUAGAGCAACGAGGAUACUCCGGUCGUUAUCUGUUACAACCUCUGGACGUGGAUUUCUUACAAAAAGGAUUGAUCAUUGAUUUUCAACGAGGAAACAUAUUGAAAUUAGGCCCCGACGGAACCAUUCAUCAGGCCACACACGGUACUAAAAAGAUGGCUGAAGCGGAAAUAAUAGCCUAUUACGGCAGUGAUAAACGGUGGUCCGUAACGACGGAAUAUUGUGAAAAUAUGCUAGUGGCCUGGAAUGGUCCGCUUUCUGAAAAAAUUCGAACUGUGCUCGAUUACUUCGAUAUUUGUGCCACACUACUGUUCGGCAGAAUAAUAGACACAUUAGAUGAAGAUGCCCAUGAGCGUAUAGGACUCUACAACGUAUGGCCAGACCUGCUGGAUGCAUUGGUUAACAUGUACUCGAGAGAACAUUUUGGUCGAAACGUUGGAGGUUACUUUGAAGCACUGAAACAACAUCCAGAUAAAUAUCUGCAAAAAGCAUCACCGGAACUAGUUUCUUGGCUAAGGGAACUGAAAAAGACGAAAACAACCUUCCUUGUUACCGGGUCGCAUAUCGAUUUUGCCAAUUUUACUGCAUCUUAUGCUCUUGGGCCCGAUUGGCCGGAGCUGUUCGAUGUUGUAGUUGGAUUCGCCAAAAAACCCGGAUUUUUUAUUGGUGCCAAACCAUUCAUUCGCUUAGAAGGUACUACUGAAACGGAGCCUUUAACCCCGUCACAACUUGAGCGAAAUCAUAUGUACUCCCAGGGUAAUUGGCGUGACCUGACUGUUCUCCUACAGCGUCUGUCGCACAAACAAAAUCCUCGAUAUCUCUACAUUGGAGAUAACCUAAUUCAAGAUGUGUACACCCCUGUUAAAUUCACCAAAGCUGAUACGGUUGCCAUUGUAGAAGAAAUGACGGCGGAAGGCAUGAAGGGCAAUCCUCUCCGACAUCCGGACGCGCUCUAUUUGCAGUCCAACUUUUGGGGUUCCUAUUUUGUAGCCAAUUCAAAUCCUCGUCUCCAGGAGGAACCAUCGUUGUGGGCCGAUCUUAUUAAGCGACACGCACGUAUCUGUGUCCCUACUAUGGAUGAAAUUAUACAAUACCCGCUGGAUCACAGUUUCAAUAGUUUCACUGAAAGUUUAGCAUGUGUUGAUGGAUAUUAUCCGGCGGAACCAAUGAAACUGGUUAACUAGAAUGUAAAUCAUAUGUUUGUUAUAUUUACCUACGAAAGCCCGAAGGUGCAGUUUACUCAUAGAAAAGUUGUAAGAAGAGAAAUUUUGUUAUCCACUUGACCUUAGUUUGACCUGUCGACAAAACUGGGUGCAAUUCAACUUGUGAGAGAAGAGCAAAACAGCUGAACCUUUUGCAUCAAGUGCAGUUUUGUUUACAUACGUUAAUCAAUGAGAAGUUUUAUAUCUGUCGACGAGCUAAAAAUAGUUUACGGGUAAAAAAAUCUUUUGUUGCCAUUACUAGCAACACACGCGCUGCACACAAUCGUUUUGCAUGGUACAACUUUUGGCGUUGUAAAUAUUCGCACAAGUGUACACAAGGGCCUUGUCGUUCAUUAUAAUGUAAAUCCCAGUCCACCAGCGUUCAUGUGUUUAGACCAACUUACAACAGUUUUUAACAAAACAAUUUACUAUUUUUUCUAUGAAUAUUAUUACUUUCUUAGUGGUAUUAUAUUUAACCUUCGUUAAAUAGAAUAAUAAUGUUAAAUUUUACAAAUUUUAUUCAGUCAUUUAAAUUAUCUGGGAAAGUUGGCUAAUUGUCAUCUUAAUUAGAAGAAUAUAAACAAAAUUGAAUGAUCGUUGAUCCGAGCAUUUAUUUGACCUAGUUCCCUUUGUCACGAAACAGUGCAACUCGUUUUAAAGUGGCUAAUCCAAUUUUGAACAUAUUUGCUUAGUAUGGCUUAUUAGUUGAGUACUAGUAACAUGGAUGUAAUAUCUUUCAAUUCUUGAACAAAUUUAUUGCGAAAGACUGAUUUAGGGAAAACUAAAUCGCUAGACUGGUAUUUCAUCUAGAACAUCGUUGAAAUACUGAGCAUUGUAGGUAUCUGUUGUGCUAUCAAAGUUCGGUUUCAUUUUUCAACACCUAUUUACUAUUUCAAGAAAAUUAGGAUAAAAAGAGAACAUGUAUAGGCCGAUACUUAAUGCAAGUUCACUGACUGUUAAUUAAACGAAGGUGCUUUCAGUAAAAAAACGCGUUUUGCUUACUGUGAAAUUUGAAUCGUGUUAGAAUCAUAUUCCUGUUGAUCUGUCGAGUAUGAUGAGCGGAUAAUAGUCAUUAACUACAACAGCAAGAUGAAGUAAUCUCAAUAAAGAGUGAGAUCAAAUGUUCGCUUUUGUGACUCAAUAAUAGCAAAAUUUGUACGUAAAGCAAUAUGAAGCUAUACAGACACAGUAAUGCACAAAGUAUGUUGAGUCUACAAUCUACGUUUUAGUUCGGUCGAUCUACAAUUUUAGUUCGGAUUCAGGAAGCAAAAGAUAACCACCAAAAUUCUACACAGACUAGUAAAUGGUCCGCUUCAUAAUCAUAUCAUCCAAUGAUUACCCUAUGAGUGCUAUAGAGAAACAGAUAAUAGUCGCUUCAUGAUAGUUUAUUGUUUCAAUGAAAGAAUUUGAUAAGCGCCUAUUAGCAUGCCGAGUGGCAUUCCGGUUAUACUCGCAUUAUGUCGAAAAAGAUUUUUUUAUGUUAGACAAACAAUGUCGGAGAAAUGUGUUUUUAAAUGAGACAAUAAAUAAAAUUUUAGCUGAAAUAUCUACUUCAAAUGGUUCUGUUCUACUCAUUUUCUUGUUCAAAAAUUCGUAUUACUAUUAGUUAGCUUUAGCUCUUAAAGAGCCAUAGAGAAGAAUUAGUGUAUUCAUUAGUUGAUAGUGAUAGCAGUAGAUUUGUUACAGUCCAGAAUGUGGAUGCAAUUUGAAUCAAAAGAACUGUUGUGUUAUCUUACCCAUUUACAUCACACCUGUAUAGUUCAUGAUGAUAAUAACACUAGAACCCAAAGAAAAAUGGAUCUUCAGCUUUUAGAGCACAGUUAAUAACUUUAUCUAGAGCAAUUUAGAUUGCUUUCAAUA